AUGAAAGUCUCGGCCGCCUUCUUCAUUGCCGGCGGUGCCCUCACUGCCACCGCCCAGUCCACCGGAAAGGCCACUGCAUCCGCCUCUGACCUAGCUUGCCCGACAGCAAACGGCCGAAACUACACCAUCGCCAGCUCAAAGUUUAGACUCGACUGCAACAAGGACUACUAUGGCGGCGACAUGGCGAAGGGGCUGGUAUGGGUUGCGAGUAUCGAGGCGUGCAUGGCGCAGUGCGGAGCUACCGACGGCUGCGUCGUUUUUGCAUACGUACCGGGCUCUGGCAUCAGGCCGUGCUAUCUCAAGAACAAGCUGAGGACUGGUGUUGGCUCUACGACUGUUUGGAGCGGUGUCAAGAUUAGUGGAAACUUGGGUAGCAGCACUAAUGCGACUGCGCCAACCACGCCUGUUGUCAGUAGUACUAAGCCGGCUACGAGUACAGCUGCUUCCAACUCGACUACCAAGCCUGCUUCGACUACCGCCGCUACUAAUAGCACUAAACCCGCUUCGACAACAGCCCCAUUGAAUUCAGCGGCACACUUCUCCAACACCACGUCUAGCGUGGCUACUAAGCCGACUGUUGUCUCCGAGCACGGUUCUUGCGGCAUUCGCAACGGACAGACGUGUCUCGGGUCACUCUUCGGCGAUUGCUGUAGCCAGUGGGGAUACUGCGGUUCCAGAGAGCCAUGGUGCGGAGAGGGCUGCGAUCCGAAAUACGGCAAGUGCGGUCUGAACGCUACAUCCCCCUUUCUGGGUUCAACGAAGUUGACUACGACCCUUACGUCGACCAUCUCCUCGAGUACCGUGACGGUUAUGCACACGGUCGUUAAUGACCACGAUGAGGACGACGAGGACGAUGGCAUGCCGUCCUCCACACGACCAACGCCUACAACAGGGGCUUCUGGCAACGCGAAUGCUUCGGACAAGCCUUCUACACCAUCCGGCUCGGUCUCCCCAACUGUCACGGUCACCAUCACAGCCGGCUGCUCGCUCAGUCUACCCUCCACAACCGCCGCACCUUCCACAACAGUGAGCCCCGCCACGCAAUCCGACGUCACCCGCGUCCCCGCCAUCCUCGCCGCCAUGAACUUCACCCUGGCCUCCAACACCAGCAUCCCCCUCUCCAACCUGUCCUCCACCCCAACACCUCCCACAUCCAGCGUUGCAGCCGCCUCAGGCACCUCCCCCACCUCCACCGCCGCAGCCGCCUUCCCCACCGCCCUCGGCGUCCUCUUCCCCUACCCCUUCAAAAUCCAGGCAAACUACAACGGCAAGAAAAUCGGUUAUUUGACGCUCUCGACUUUCUCACUAACCGUAACACCCGACCUCGCACCCGCCACCGAGUUCAAGUACACAAACAAGGGCUACCUGCUCGCCUACCCCGCUGCAGGCGGUGCGCCACUCUUCUGCACCGCGGCCGCGGCUUCUAAUUCCGAUCAAGCGGGCGGCGCGGUGAUUGAGAUGCAGCCCGCGAGCGCGGUGCUGAGUAAGGAGGGGAGGAUGGGUGAGGAACUGGUCAAUUGGAGCCUGAAGAGUGAUAGGGGAUUAGCGGCGAAGUCGUUCAGUCUGGGGGCAGAGGUGUUGAUGGUUUGUGAGGAGGGGGGCAAGGGGGUUAGGAUUGGGAAGAGUGUGGGGAGGGGGUGUGGGGCAGUUAAGUUGGAGGCGGUGUAUCAUUAUUAG